ACAGGGUCACGUGGAGCCGGUAGCGUGUCUCGCUGCGGGGUGCUGUGCAGAGAGGGACUCCUGCUCUCUCCCUGAUAUGUGUAUUCAAGAGCCAGGCUUCGGUGUACAGGGCACGGGUUCCGCGUUUGCAGUGGUUUUAUGUCAGAUGCUGAAUUUGUGAAUGCAGUAAGAGGAUAAAAUGCUACAGUCACUGUGCACUGAAGGAUCUCAAUCAUUAAACUCUAAACCAUCGAAUAUGUUUACAGCUACAAGAACAUCAAAGCAUUUAAAUGCUGAGACCAUCCUAAAAACAGACACUCCUCGCACACGCGAACUGAAGACACUUCGAGCAAAACGUUUGGCUUACUUUGUAGGCCCUAAUCAUGACUGCACAAAUAUAUCUGCAGCUGAUAGCAGUUCAGAAGCUAUUGACAUACAAGAAAGUUUUGAACAUAACGUGAGUUAUCCACCAAAAGAAAAUUUGCCAAAUGCUGAGGACAAAAUAAAAAUAUUUGGUUGUAAUGAAUCAGUUCAACAUACAAGAAUUCAGGAUAAAGAAAAGGACCAUCAUAGUGAUUUAGAACCAUCAUUGGCACUCUCUAGGAAUGACAAAGCAAUUAUUUGCUUGCCAAAACCAGACUAUAAUUUGCUGCAAAAUCCAACUGUAUCAGAGAUCCAAAAGCUCAGGCAUAUUCUAAGCUGGGCUCAGAAAAUCCUAAAAAAUAGUGAGAAAGAUAUGACCAUCCCAAUAUUUCAAAACACUUGUGCAUUAAAUGAAAAAGAUUUUGUGAGCCACAUAGAUUCUGAAACUAAACAGUCAAGUACUUUUCAUUAUUCUCAGGAUACUGAUCAAAGUAUCCACACCAACUCUUCCACUGAAAGAUUGGGUGGGUCUCAUUACUCUGCAGAUGCUUCCAGAUCUUCUGAUAGCUGUAGCUCACUUGACUUAUUAAGAACUCGUAGGACAUUAGUUCAGAAUUCCUCCUUAGUUACAAGACUGGUUGACGAACAACAUAAUUCAACAGAUUCUGAUUUUUCAAGCAAGGGUCAUACUUUUGAUAAUUCUUGGAAAGGAUUUUUUUCUGAAGAAGAAAAUGCACAUGGAGAUAAUGCUUCAAAGAAUAACUGGAAAAUUAGAGGUGUAGAAGAAGGUAAAGUGCCUGAAACUCCAUUAGAAUUGCUGGCAAAUAAAAACCACCAUUUUAUGAUUGGUGAUAUGAGUGCACUAAAUCGGGAUAAAUACUUCUGGUCUCCUCUUGAAAGCAACUCAGAUGAAGAUAAUGUCAGUGGAAGUAGUGAAAGAAUGGAGUCAACUAGAGCAAUAACACUCAAAAAGUUGUCUGCAGCAUGUUGUUACACCUCCAAUCAAUUAACAAGUCCUGAAUCAAUUAAUCAACUGAACACCACAGAACACAGCGCAUCAAGUCUUUGUGACAACGAAAAAUGUAAUUUUACAUGGGAGCUUCUUGAGUCAAAAGAAUAUUUAUCAGCUGGUAAUCAUAAGGUGUCAACAGAAGAUUCAGCAACUGCAGGAUUCACUGAAGUUUUAUUAAAUCUUGAAAAUGCUAGAUUUGAAUCUCAACCAGCUAUUCCAAAACUAGAUCUUUCAACCAUAUGCAAAGGAACAACUGUAAUCCCAAAUGAAGCAACAUCAGCAAAUGACGUAAGUGAAGGAACAAAAAUAGUCAGUAAUUUCCAAGAAGGACUGUGGGUUGAACAGUUCUCUGAAGAAUCUAGAAAUUUAAAUUUUACAAACGGAAGUGAAGCAUUGCUUUUGAAUUCAUCAGUGUGUCCAAAAUGUGUCAGUGGCAAAAUAUUGGACAAAAGAGUGACUCAAAAUCUUCUAGCUUUGAGAAGUGAUCCAUUAAAAAAAGAAACAAACCAUAAUCAUGAUGAAAAUGAAAUAAGGCAAAAAAUAAUUGAUUAUCAGCCACCUAGUACUUUGAUGUCAUCUCCAUCCUCUUUGCUAUUAUCCUCUGAUUCCAGUUACUCUCAAGAAUCCAAUCCACGAUUUAUAACAGAGCAGACUAAUGGAGGAGAGAAAGACCAAAUCAUGGAUGAAUAUACUGAAUCUCUCUCUCCUGUAAGUAAUCUGGUCAAAUUCUGCCCAACAUGUGCAAGUGGUAAUUGUUCAACUGAUAACUGGUGCAUGGAAUGUGGAUGUGUUCUGAUUGGAAUAACACCGCAGUUUAAUUCAAUCGCCAGUAAUGUUGAUGAAAUAUCAUCAUGGAAUCACAGAGAUAGUUCUAUGCAAAAUAAAUCAGACAUGUUGCUAGCAAAAGCAAUUGCUGGUUCAAAUGAAUAUUCUGACACUGUGGACUCUGACCAAAUAAAUAGUUGGAAAUAUUCCAUAGUUUCCUCAAAGACCAGUGAUCCUCAUCUGAAUACUUAUGAUAAAUAUCUUCUGUAUAUGGAACACCUACAGAAAAUUCGAGGUCAACAUCAAGCUAAAGAACAGCAGCCAACAGAUGUGCUUUUAGUAAAAGAAAAUGGAAAUCAGAAAGAAGUGGAUGAAACCAUUAACUGUUGUGGGAAACAGGAAAUGGCAAAAUAUAAUACUGUCUCAUUCAAAGCAUCUGCAUGUUUCUCUGGCUUUCCUGACAAAAACCAAUUUGACGAUGGGCAAGACUCUGAAGGCAUGCCUAUGAUUAAGCCAGACAUAGGAGCAUUAUGGUCAGAAGAAAUCUGUAUUGCACCAGAAGCUUCAGUAUUACAUUGUACUCUAGAGAGGAAAGAUAUUCAGCAAAUAAACCAUGUAGAAACAGCCAAAAACAUUGAACAAAGAGUAUUUUUGAAGCGUAGUAUUGGAUCUGAGCAGGCAAAAAAAAUUUCUACAGAGGGUGAAAACAAAAAAAUAACUUCUAAAGAUGCAGAUGUAAAGCCCAGAAGGCGGGCAAGUAUCCAAUCACGUUUGAAUCAAUAUAAAAGGUGCUGGGAGAAAUCCAGCAUUGCAUGGUCAUCUUAUGCAUAUGGAGCAUUAAAGCCAAGGUCAACAAAUACAAAUCGACCACGAUCAGCUGAUGACUGUCAGAAAUUCAGAAAGGAUACAGCCUUGCACAAUGGCUCUUCAGCUGGGCUGACAACAACGAACAAGGUGUCAUCCAGGCAGCUGACCAAACGGCCUGUAAGUGCUAAGGUUCUAAAUAGCAAACAAGUACCACAAGAAACAUCAAGAUCCAAAACAGUGCUUCAAAAUCCAGCAGUGACUUCAUUGGCAACAAUGAAAUCAGGUGAAGUCAGUGAAAGUUUGAACAAUGCCUUGCAGCCCUAUGACAAACUGAUUGGUAAAGGGGCUGAUGAUAAUUUACUAUGGCUUUAUCUUCCUGAUGAGAUCUGGAUUCGGAUUUUAACCCUCUUAUCACACCAGGACCUCUGUCAAGUUGCCCAAGUCUGUCACUGCUUCUAUCGCCUGGCAAAUGAUGAAACGUUAUGGAAGAUUAUUCAGAUUGAAAAUUGCAGUUGUUUGAAUGAUAACAGGCUAGCAAACAUUGGACGACAUCACCCACAAAGCCUCAGACUUUAUCGAUGCAAUAACGGGAGAAAGUGCAUUAGUACCUCUGGAAUAAAGAAGCUGUUCAGCCAUUGUAAGGACUCACUUCAGGAGCUGAAUGUUACAAGCUGCAGUGGACCAGUGGUGACAGGGGACACAAUUCUACUCUGUGCAAGCGCAGUUUGUCUCAAGUUAACUUCAGUGGAUGUCAGUUGGACAGCAGCUACCAGCAGAGGCAUCAUAGCACUUGCUCAAGCUUCCUCAAGUCUUCGCAGACUCCUUGUUAAUGGAUGCCAGCUCACUGAUGAAAGCAUUAAGGUAUUGACUGAAAAGCACAAGACAAGUCUGAAAGAGUUGGAAGUGUUUGGAUGUCAUGAACUAAGUGCACAUUGUUUGAGCUUUAUGGCGCAGGUGUGUUCAAACCUACAGAAUCUGAACAUUGGCAGAAUACCAAACAUUACAACCACUUGUCUGAUUCAGAUGGUGACCAGCUUGCAGCAUCUAACUGUUUUGAACUUAUCAGGACUGAAUGCGGUUCAUGAUCGUGUGGUGCAUCACAUUGUUAGACAGUGCCCAAAAAUGGACCGCCUCACUCUCAGCUUUUGCCCUCAACUGACAGAUGUCAGCCUGUUUGAAAUAGGCACCUACUUGCCCACCAUAAGGUACCUUGAUGUCAGUGGCUGCAAGAAAAUAACAGAUACAGGUGUGCAGGCCUUAGCCAUGAGCUGCCACAAGCUACAAUAUCUUGACCUCAGCUCCACAACAACCAGCAAAAUAGGGAUUUGUCUACUGGCUGUUUACUGCAAUCAAAACUUAGAAUGUGUGAAACUCAGUUUUUGCAAAGAAAUUACUGAAGAUACCAUUAAAAAGUUAUGUAAAAACUGCAGACGACUGAAGUUGCUUCAUCUGUACGGCUGCCACUCUAUCCAUAAUCUGAAGGCUAUUCAAGAUGUGAACAAACAAGUGAAACUGCACCACGAUUUUCCACUUAGUACUGUCACAAAUUGAGGAUGCUGAAAAUAAAAAGUUUCCUUUGUUAGUUGUGAUUUCUACCGUGCUAUACUUUAUGAAUACUACCGUGCUAUACUUUAUGAAUUCUCACUUCCUAAUGUGGGAGUUAACAUUUAUCAGAUUGUGACUCAGGACAUGAACGUUAGGCUCCACCACUACUUUUUUUUACAAUGACAUGACCUAUAAUAUUUCCAUUCGAGGAGGUACCAAUGUUGCAAUUUUGCAUUUUAGAAUUGGCUUGAUGUUACUGUGAGUAAUGAAUGGGAUUUCAGCCAUUCAUUAUACUUCUUGUUCAUAAAUUUCAAUAAGACUUUGUGCUGAUACUUGCUGUAAUUAUAGAGCAAAAGUGGUGUUCAUUGGAGCAUCUCAGGCCUGUGUGGAUAGCACAAGCAAUUUAUAUCUUUCUGAUUGAAGAAGCAGUAAUGGGCAAUGCAGAGUCCAAACAUGAAAAUGUAAAUUGGAAAAGUGAAUUCAAUGUCAAGAUAGGUCUUGAAAAGAUAGUUUGUAUUGA